GGACAGAAUGAGUCGCACUUCCAAGGGAUACGGGCAAAAGUUGGUCGGUCGUCUCAGGAGUCACUUCGGCGAGGGAGACGCUGAUACACCUGUCAGCUGCGGCAGAGGCUUUGUGGUGCCAUGAUGAAGAAAGUUGGGGGAGUUCUACUGUGGCUGCUACUAUUAUUUAUCCAGCUUGCAGAAGGAAAGCGUUACAGCCCACCAGGGAAACCUACACUUACUAGUUGCCGCUCGCCAGAAAAAGAGACCUUUACCUGCUGGUGGGAGCCAGGUUCUGAUGGCGGGCUUCCAACCACCCAUGCCUUGUACUAUCGCAAAGAAAACUCUGAGACGGUGUACGAGUGUCCCGACUACAAAACGGCCGGAGAGAACUCCUGCUUCUUUAGCAAGAACGACACAUCCAUCUGGGUGAACUACAACAUCACUGUUGUGGCCACCAAUGUGCUUGGAAGGACAUUUUCCGAUCCCGUUGACAUUGAUGUCGUCUACAUCGUCAUGCCCAAUCCUCCAGAGGAAGUGAGAGUGAGCGUCACGCAGAACACAGACUGGCCUUUCCUUCGAGUGUCAUGGGAACCCCCCAAAAAGGCUGACACCCGCUCGGGUUGGAUCACUCUCAUCUACGAGGUCCGAAUCCAGUUGGAGAAUGAGGAUGAAUGGGAGGUGCACCCUGCCGGCCAGCAGAAGGUUUUUAACAUUUUCAGCCCGAGGUCAGGUGGUACAUAUCAAGUUCAAGUUCGUUGUAAGCCUGAUCAUGGCUUCUGGAGUGAAUGGAGCCCCUCAACAUAUGUCAAAGUUCCUGAGUAUUUUCCACGAGAAAAGUCAAUGUGGAUUCUCAUUGUGGUCUUUUCUGCCUUCAUCUUCUUCAUCUUCAGCUGGCUGAUAUACAUGAACAUUUACAGUCUGAAGCACUGCCUUCUGCCACCGGUGCCAGGACCUAAAAUCAAAGGAUUCGAUAAACAGCUCAAGAAUGGCAAGUCUGAGGACAUCUUCAGCUCACUGGUGGUGUCUGAUUUCCCCCCAACCACAUCCAACUAUGAGGACUUUCUUGUGGAAUACCUAGAGGUGUACGUCCCUGAGGAGCGAGAACUAAUCAUGGAGGAUAGCAAAGAGCUUCAAGAUAGCCUCAAAUCAGAGACCUCCACAUGUGACAAUGACUCUGGCAGGGGCAGCUGUGAUAGCCACACCCUGCUCAUUGAUAAGGGUGGAUGUGACAAAGAGGAUGGGCUGCAGUCGGAUCAGGAGGGCAGUCAGCCUGAGAUGGAUUCAAAAAGGCACGAGCAAGCCCCAGAAGAGGAACUCCUGGAAUAUUCUCAUGGAAAUGUUCACAGCCCUGAUAUUUCCAGUGAGAAGGUAAAGAGCUGGCCUUCUUUGUUUUCUCCACUGCCCCAGUACAGCCUAAGCCCAGUGAAUCAACCAAGCCCUCCUGAAAUGGGGAAACAACACUGCCUUUCUGACAGCCCGUUCGCCCCAGACGCCCUUUCAUCUUACUUCACUCACCCUGGCCCCAGCACCAAAACGGACUUUAGAUCAAAUUACUGGGAGUGUAACUUCAACCACAAGCAAUCUCAUCCACUCCAUCCCCAGACAGCAGCCCAUGAGCACCUCCAGGCUCAGAAUGACACCAUCAUGGCAUGCGUUGAGCACAUAGGAGCACCUUUGGGUGUGCACGUGCCCAAUGUCCGGCCCACUGAAUAUGUUGAAGUCCAAAGGGUUAGCGACGAGAAUAUGGUUCUUCUUCACCCUGUUUCCUCAGGCCAGGAAAACAGCUGUACCAUAAGACGCCAAACUGAGGACUACAGCAGGGUGAAGACACUGAACAAUGACAAAGGGCUUCUUCUGCUUCAGAGAGAGAGCAUGGAGGAAGAGAUGGACAUGUGCCCUAAUGAAGAAGAGGUGGUAAGCAGAGUAACAUCAAAUGGCUACACGGCAUCCAUCACUCCCACUUCACAGAAGUCUGCGGCUGGCAUUAACACCUCCCUGCCAAUUCUGGACGAAAGGGCAGCCAGUGGUUACGUUGACACCACUACCAUGUUUGGCCUGCCCACUUACUAGAUGCUGCGGACAUUCCAUUGGAAGCUACUGGACAUUGCAAGCAGCUCCCUUUAAGUUUAGGAACUGAAACAAUGAGAAAAAUCACACUGACACUGAAAGCAGCUUUCCAAAAACGGUUGCAAAGAAAUAUUUAUUUUCCUUUUUACUUUAAGGUAAAAUACUGAUCUUUCAGAGACACUAUUUUUUUUCAGAUGAUUAGAAGUAUAAUCUUUAUUCAGAUUCAGAAUGAAUAAAAUUUAUAUCAAUUUAUGAGGUACUACAUGCUUCUAUUUUUAUUAUACUGUAAACUGUUCUUUUACCUCCAAAAAUAGAUUUUAAGGCUGCUUGUUGCAUACUGUACAUAUACAAACAUGACAAAAAUUAUUUAAAAAGACUAAACCCUUGACCCGGUGAGGGGGCUUGUAGGUCUCUCCUCAUUGUACGGACCCAGUUGCCCCCUCUGAGGGAAGGGUCUGUGCAAAUCAAUGCAAAGUUUGUCUGUUUUCUGAUCAUUUCUGUGCUGAUGUUAAAUAUUCCGAACCCCAUGACAACAUCCCUUUAAUGCAGGGAGGGUGUUAAGGCAGGGGUGUCCAAAGAGCCGACUGAAAUUCAAGAAUGAUACAGAUUUGGUAGUUGAUGCAGAUGGAGAUUUUGUAUUUUUAUUGAGGGCAAAAUUAUUCCUGUUAAAUCAAAAUCUUUUUGCAAUGGAAGAUGGUAUUAACAACACAAAGUAUUAAUCUUUUAAUAACCAUUCUUUUUACUUAUUUCAAAGUAAAUAGGACCCCAUCUAUGCAGUGACUUUUAUUAAGAAGCAGAGUUUGGUGAACCCAAAUCUACUUUUACAUAAUUAAAUAAUUCAUUAAUUACAGAAGCUUUUUUAGAGAGUGACACAAAUUCUGGCCUUAUGACUGAGAAUAGACUAAAUUGUUUUGGCUUUUUUUUUUUUCAGUCGAACCCAAAAAAUUAGCUAACUGGAUGCCUUUCUUUUAAUAAGCAAAACAUGCAAAACCCUUUUUAAGUUUUGGGUCUACAGUGAUAUACACAUCCCUUUAUCACAACAUCUCUGACUACUUUAUUUGUUUAAUUAAAUGUUUGCCAAGUUUGUUGUAGAGCAGGUAAAAAAAAAAAAAAAUCAAAACAAAGUUUUUUUGUGAUUUUAAUUUUUUACGUUAUUGCAUUGUUUUUUGGCCCACGAGUACUUUCGACCACAUGACAAAAGGUUUGGACACCCCUGGGUUAAGGAAUCGUUAGAUGGAUAUAAAUAUGUUACCAGCUCUCAAUGCAGAUAAGCACCAGUGGGAAAUGUUUCGCUGACAUGUUAAAGAGUUUCUAUUGGAGCAUCAUAAAAACACUAAAAGAGGGAACGUCUUUGGGAAUAUGUGGCUUCCAUCCUGCCAAUAGAAGUUCAGAGAUAUAGAGAGACUUUUUUUUUUAUUUUAAUUUUAAUUUUAUUUUGGUUUAUACAUGUGUUUUAAUAUGUCUGUGUGUGUGUGAGUGUGUGUGUUUGAAUGUUUAACAUAAGAUUUAAAAAAGAAAAAAAACGAGGAUUUAUUGAGCUAUUUUCUAUUCAGAGAAGAUUGUUAUGUGCAUACCUUUAUUAAGUCAGAGAAAUCUACAAAGAUGUGUAGUUUUUGAUGGAAAACUUCUGUCUUAACAGUUGGAUCUCCCUGUAUAUCACAGUUCUGUCUUUGUGCAUUCAUAUGUAUACAUGUAGCUACACCUGUGGUGACAUCUGCAAUGCAUACGAAACAGCCUUCAAAUUAUUUUUGAAAGCUUGCUUUAAAGAUAGAGCUUGUAAUAAAUUUACUUUAUGCUGUAA